UUUAAUUACACCUUAAUUGAACCAAAUAAUGUAUAUUUUAUGCUUACAUUAUUAAAUAAAUUAAAAUUUUAGCUAAAACCAUAAAUUACUUUGAAAAAUAAAUAUUGAAGUUAAAUUUUCAAAAUAUUUUAGAAAUUAUUUUUGUAUAAAAACGUAAUUUAUUACUAUGUCCUCUGAUGAAAAUAAUUAUAUUUUGGAAGAUUAUUUGAAGAAGAAAAGAAAAAUUGAAUCUGAUAAUAUAUUAUUAACCACCAGUGGCAAUAUUAACACAAAUACUGAAAAUUUAUCAGAUUCCAGUUGUUUUUCAAAAAAAAGAAAUCUUUGUGAAUUUGAUAAAAACUUUAAGUUAAACAGCCAUGAGACUCAUGAUGACAAUAGUAUAUUUUCUGAAGUGUCAGAUACAGAAGAUCAAUCAAUUUCUCUUAAUAAAUUAGGUGAAAGCGAUAGUGAUUAUGAACCUAUUUCAGAUGGAGAGUUUGAAUUAGAAAAGUAUGAUCAUGAAAUAAGUGGAUCACAUAGAUUUUUAGAUAAAUGUGAACCUAAUGAUAGUCAAUUUCAUAAAAAAACUAAUAAUUCUUUAAAACAGACAAAAAAUCACAUUGAUACUGUAGAAACCGACGAAGUAUAUAAUUUAUUAGACGAAGCAUUAAAAGAAAAAAUAAAGGAACCUAAUUUGUGCGAUACAAACAAUGUUAAUUCAAAUGAUUUCAAAGAGUAUGAAAAAAUAGUUCUGGAAGAAGUUUGCAAAAAUCAUUUUGAUAUUUUACCAGAAAAUUGGAUUGAAGCAACCCACAAAAGUGGAAUGCCUAUCUAUUUACAUAAGAAAUCUAGAGUUGUUACAUUAUCUAGACCAUAUUUUUUAGGUCCAGGUAAUCCAAAAUCACAUUUAGCACCUUUAUCUGCUAUCAGUUGUUUACAAUAUAAAAGAGCUAUACAAGCUCAAAAUAAUACCAAUAGUAAUUCUGAAAAUCCAACAAGUAAAAUUGGAGAUAUGAUUAUACCAAAUGCUAAAGUUGAAACUGCCCAGGAGAAUAUUGUUAAAGAAUCCUUAUCUCAUGAAGAGCUACGAGAGUAUUGUCAAUCACUUUUUAGGUUUAAAAAAGUCAAGUUAUCUUGUGUAAAUCAUGAAGAAGUUGAAUUAAAAUCUGAAUUUGAUAAAAAUCCAGUAGUAAAAACUAAAGAAAGGCCUUCAUUACCAGAUAGUACUAAGUUAAUCUCAUUUCCUUUACAAACUGAAGAUAAUGACAAACGUUGUAGUAGGCGGAGAGAAUGGAUAAUGAACCCUAAUGGUAAAAGUUAUGUUAGUAUUUUGCAUGAAUAUUUGCAACAAGCAUUAAAAACACAACCAUGGUAUGAAUUCAAAGAACUUGAUAAUCUUGAAACUCCUUACUCAGCUACUGUUGUUCUUAAUGAUGUUCAAUAUGGGGUUGGCAUAGGUAAUAGUAAAAAACAAGCAAAAUUAAAUGCUGCACAAGCAACAUUGGAUAUUCUUAUACCAGAGAUGAAAAGUAAAAUAGAUUCAGAGCAAAAAAAUCUAUCUGAUCCAGUUAUCUUUGACCAAAUAAAAGUAACUGAUCCUAGAAUAACUGAAUUUUGUGCAAAAACUACUGAACCAUCACCAUAUGCUAUGUUGCUAGUUUGUUUACAAAGAAAUUUUGGUGAAUGUGAUAUAGGAAUAGAAUAUAAGCUGAAUAAUCGCCGUAGAAUGUUAAAUCAAUGUACAAUGACUGUCGGGAAACAUACAGCUUCUGUAGCUUGCAAAAAUAAAAGAGAUGGUAAACAGAAAGCUUCUCAAGUUAUUUUAGGAUUAUUACAUCCUCACAUUGAUAAUUGGGGUUCAUUAUUACGAUUAUAUGGUAACCGUAGUAUUAAAAAUGCUAAGGAAAAAAAACAAGAAGAACAAGAAAUAACUCAAUUACAAAGCAAAGCUGCUGUUAAUCAACCAAACUUUGCAAUACUUAAUAAACUUAAAGAAGAAAUGUUAAAAAUUAGAUAUCAAAAUUUAGAAUUAAGUUCCUCAAAUACUUUACCUAAGUCUAUGUUAGUAACAACAUGCCCUUAUAGUAUUGGUAUGUCUUCAUUUUCCAAUACUGAAAAUGAAAAUAUAUGAUUAUUUAGUUCACUUAAUUAUUAGGAUUUAUUUUAUAAAACAUUUGUUGUAUUAACUAUGUAAAUAACUUGGGAUCAUUUAAAGUUUGUUUAAAUUUUUGAAAUAAAAAUAGUUUCAUUUGA